CCCCUCCCCGCCUCCCCUCUGUAUCCUCCAUCUCCCCCUCCUCCUUCUCCUCCCUCCAUUCCUCUCCCCCUCUGUGCUGGUCCUAUUCUUGAGGACUUGCUUGUGAAACGGGAGAGAUAAACAGACAUUGAGCGCAGAGGAAAGGACACGGGGAGAGAUAGUGUGUUAGAAUUUAGGAAAUACCUCCCUCCCCUUCCCCCUGUCUAUCUCUCCAUCUUCAUCCCUUGUCUCUUCUUUAAUGGAUAGAAAUUAUCCUGGCACAGGAUUCGGUGAUCUGGGCGCUGGAACGGGAUGGAGUUACGAGAGAUCGGCGAAGGCAAGUUUGGUUUAUGGGAGCUCCAGAUCCUCCCAUCCAGACUCAGAACUCCUCCACCGUCAACCUUAUGCCACACCACACCCACUGCAAGGAUAUGCAACAAAUCAUCAUCCAGGCACUUCUGGACAAGGUGGAGCAUGGGGCACAGGAAGGAGCUUAGGGCUCUCAGGCUUGUUUGAUACUGGACUACAUCAUGCCAGUCCCUCAGGACCAGAUGCUUCAGUUAUGAACUUGAUCUCUGCUUUGGAAUCCCGAGGUGCUCAGCCACCCCCCUCUGCCUCUUCCCUUCUCUCCCAAUUUCGCACCCCCUCCUGGCAAACUGCAAUGCAUACUCCAGCCCCUGCAGAGCUAUUCAUUUCUGGUGCGCUACCUGGCUCUGGCUCAUUUCCCUCUUCCUCUGCUCUGUCGGCAUAUCAGCACCCUGCAUCCUUCUCAGGGCGCUCCUUCCCUGGAGUGACCCCAUCAUUAUCUCUGCAGGACACACCUACCUUCAGUCCUACUUCCAACGGUCUCCUGUCACCACAUGAUCCUUUGCUACACAUUAAAACUCCCUCCCAGUCAAGUCUUGGCUUUGACCGUCUUCUGUCUUCACAGAGUGGGACUGCUUCAUAUAGAGGGCCACAAGAGCCCACUAGUGCUCCUCCACCACAAGCACCUGCAUCCUCCUCAACACGCCAUUUACCCCCUCAGUUUAACCUGCUGUCCUCACAGCUGCAGGACCAGUCCUCUCAACUCUACAAUUCCUCUGUUUUUUCCUCUGGACCCCCUCAACCGCCACAGUCCCAGGAAAGAGCCAUCCCUAGGCAAGACAGUGUGAUCAAGCACUUCCAGAGAUCUUCUCCUGGACAGUCUCAACUCUCCUCUACCACACCUCAUCCCCUGCAACACUUUCUUAGUUGUGGUGCAUCAGGAUACCAGCAGAUACCCCAUCAUCGGCAUGGUUCCUCCAUAAACUGUAGCCCACUGGGUGAGCAGAGUCCAUCAUCUGACCCCAAACCCUCUCCCCGAUCAGAGCAGGUUUAUCGUCCUAUUAUCCAGCCCCCGUACACCUCCUCUUCAGUCUCCUCCUCAGCUGGCUCGGGUGGUGGUAUUGGGAAAACAGGAAAAAGUUCCAGUUCAAGUAGUGGCUACUCCUCCUCUGGCUCUUCCUCAUCGCGAACCCCUCACACUCCUCCUUCAGCUUCUUCCACCUCUUCUUCUUCCUCCUCUGCCUCUAAUCCUAAUGUAUCAUCCAGUACAUCCUCUGCAUCCUCAAGGCAACAACCACCACCCCAGUCAGCACCGCAACCCCCGCCACCUCCACCACCAACAGUGUCAUCCUCUGCUACACAGCAGCAGCCACCCAAACCUUGCCUGUCUACAUAUGGCUCUCCAGUUGCUCCUGUCAAACCAACUGCUGGCCUACCUGGUCAAACCCCACCCCAGCAGCAGUCCUAUUCACCAAGCCAGCCACCCACCUCUCACUUGCCCCAGCCAUAUGGAGGAUUCAGUUCUCCACAGGCUCAGGAUCUUGGUUCCAGCCUUGGGGGGUCAGGAAAAGCUUAUGGAAAUCUUGGAGCUACAGGGCGCUCAUUUUCAGCUGAGGUGGUCUAUGGCUCUGAAUCAGGAUAUGGUUCUUUACCACCAUCUCUCGGAGGAGCAGGAAGUCCCUCACUGGGCUAUGCUGGCACAGGACAUUCACCUGCCCUAAUGGUGUCUGGAGGUGGUACCGGUACAACAAGCAGUACCACCGGGUCCGGAGCAGGUAGUUCAGGAAGUGUGGGAGGUGGUUCAGGUGGUGGUAGUGCUAGUGUAGCAAGUGGUGGAGGAUCAUACCACCUCCCAGAUUCCAGCCCUUCGCCCUCAAGUAAUUCUGGAAUAAUCCGGCCAGGUCUGCAUUCCCCUGCCCCAGCUCGCCCUGCACAAUCACCUGGAGGAAAUGGGGGCAACAAAUACAUAUCCUCAGUUCUUUCCCCACCAUUCCUGGCUUCUCCACAAGGAUACUCAGACACGAGGGUGCCACCCCAGCAAACACAGUCUUAUCACACAACACCGCCAAAAUCUAAGUCUGAUACUGAUAUGCUUGGGGUAGAAAGAUCUCAAGAGGAGGAUGAAGAAGAUGAGGAUGACUUUUUGAUUCAGCACUUAUUGCACUCACAAAGUCCAGGACCCAAUCCCCCCCAGCAUCAUUCUCAACAAGCUCAGCAAGUAGCCUCACAACAACCACAGUCCCAGUCCAUUUCCCAGAGUAGAGAUGGAGGAAAGUCUCUCUCCACUUAUGAACUGAACAAGGCAUCUGAAGAACGUUAUCAUCUACAGAGUGUCAUUCGAACAAAUAAUACCACCAACAAUGUGGCUUCAGUUGCUGCUGGCUCUUGUGGUCCAAGCACAGGUUUAGAGAACCAGUUGGAGAUGUCUCUGAAAAAGCAGCAACAGACUAAACCUGACAGAGUGCUUGCUGGAGCUGGUGCAACUGGAGGUCGAGGUGCAGUUGAUUCUUUGUCGCAUACUCAUUCUCAUGGUCAGCAUGAUUCCCUUGGUUCAGUGGUCCACUAUGGCAGAGGAGACCCUUACACUCAUCAGACACAUCAGCAUCACCCUCCUCACCCAUCACACUCGCAACACCCUCAGCAUUCACAGCACUCUCACCCCCAUUCAAUGUCCCACUCACAUAUAGAUCUUAAGAAAGCUCAGGAUCCUUCAGAAUUGCCCUACCUACGAAAGACUCCAGACUUACAGCAGCGACAGACCCAGUCCUCCCUUGGACUAAUGGAUUCUCCACCCGACCCAUCUCAGCAAACCUCCCAGGCUCACCUUCUCCAGUCUGUCCUUUCGCAUACCACUCGAAACAAGAUGGACAACCAUCAGACUCCCCCACAGCAACAACACCCAAUGAGUCAACAAGCCAUGAUUGGACCAAGUGGAGGAUUAAGUACUGGUGGCUCUGGAGGCGUAGACACUCAGCCACAGGCAUCUCAACUUCAACUCCAGCUCCAGUCCCAAGGUAUGGAGGUCCACUAUGGACGUGAGGCUCAGCGAAACCAAAGCCAGUCAAGUCAGAAUUCUGUUUCACCACUAGACAUGCUAGAGAGAUCUCUCUCCAGGACAAAUAGUCGGGAAGGGCCAGGGCCUUCUGAUAGAGUUGGUGCAGGAGACGGGAGCACCGCUGAUCAUCACAGACAACAGCAUAGAAUGCCCUCCCACCAUCAGUCCCACCACUCUCAACAACCAGCAGCGGAGCUUCAUGAUUUCUUGUCUGAGUCAGAUUUGAGCAUGUCAACCCCCUCUCAUUUGCACCAUAUGGCCUCACACCAUCCACCCCCUCAUGCCCACCAUCAGCCACAGGCACAUUCUCACCAUCAACAUCCUCACCAGCACCCUCACCACAUGCAACCAGCUUCUGGACCUCCACAGCCCCAAUCCCAGCCCAGGGACCAAGAGCCACAGCUCUCACAGCCACAGCUGGAUCAGCUCAAAGAGCAUCAAUACGACACUGGUAGCCCUGUGGGAAAAACAGCUCAGAACCAAGGUCAGAGCCAAGAGCAGCAACAACGGUUCAUGCCUCUGACAUCUAUUUGUUUCCCAGAUUCUCUUCUCCAAGAUGAGGAUCGUUCCUUUUUUCCAGGGAUGGAGGAUAUGUUCUGCUCUGAGGACUACAAGGCAAGUUGUGCUGGAGGAGGUGGAAGUGCAGGACAAGGCGGCCAGGAUGGUGUGCCAGAGGCACGUGGAGCGGUACAAGAUGGAAUGGAUGCAGUUAAAGCUACAGGUGGUGGAGGAGGUGCAUAUGACAUGAUGGGCCACCACAGUGAUCAGGGUUAUGGGCAGUAUUGUCACAGUUUGUCCGAAACUGGUAAUGGUACUAUGCACUUAGAUCUGGACCCCAUGAAAUCCCAUGAACUCCCAUCCACUGUAAACACAGAACAACUAGGCUUAAUUCAGUCUCAAGGCCCAGGCCUUGGGAUGGGCACCACAGGGCACGUAGUGGACGGAACUGGAAACAAAAUGAUGGGCUCUGCAGGUGUAGGUAGUGGUCCUGGCACCGGAGGGCUAACCUCACCAAUCUUUUGCUCCUCUAGACCUAAAAAACUUUUGAAAACAAGCUCAUUUCACCUCCUUAAACAGCGGAAAGACCCUAAUGCCCAAUCACAGGCUAAGAAGAACUAUGCUCAAGAAUAUGAAUUUGAGGAUGAUGAGGAUAAAGCAGAUGUUCCAGCUGACAUCCGCUUAAACAGCAGACGUCUGCCAGACUUGCUUCCUGAUCUCGUUUCCAGUUGCAGAAAGUCUGGAAGUGGUUCAGGAGUUGGCAGUUUAAGCCCUUUGAUGGGUGAUUUAGAUUUCUGCCACCCUUCAGGGUACCAAUCCCUUGGACCUCCUCCACAGCUGCUCCCACAUGAUGGCCCAAAGAAAAGGGGGAGGAAACCCACCAAACCUAAACGUGAAGGUCCACCAAGACCCAGGGGUAGGCCACGUAUCCGGCCUCUUCCUGAGCCUCCAUACUGCAGGAACAUGAUGGGGCCUGGUGGAGAGAGUAAAAGGGGCCGUGGUCGAGGAAGAGGGCGUGGAAGGAAGGAUGAUCAAAUGCUAGAAAUGCACAGAGACAUGAACAAAGGGCAGAACUACCAACAACAAGCACCUCACCUCCAUCAUCAACCACAAUUACAACAGCACAUGCACCACCACCUACAGCAGCAGCAACAGCAGCACCAACCACAACAUAUGCACCAACAGCAGCACCUUCAUGUACAACAACUUCAUCAACACCAUCAACAGCAACACCAUCAACAACUUCCACAGCAUCAGCCUCAGCAACAAUACCAGGAACCCAUCAAACCAAUCAAAAUUAAGCUCCCUAUUCCUUCCAUGCCCUCAUCUGACUCCCUACUGAGGACAGACUCCCUGUCUAGUACAGAUCCAGUUUUGUCUGAUGGUUCGGUAGGAUCUGCACCAUCUCUCGGUCUGAGCCCAGGGCCCACUACCAGUGUGGACAUGAACAGAAUUGACAUGAACAGAAAUGAUAUGAGCUGUGGUCAGGAAAAGAUGAAGCAGAAACCCCAGGAGAUGUCCUGGGACGGAGACAUGGAUGAUCAAAUGACCCCAGAGGCCUGGGCCACCAUGCAGAAGCUUUCUGGCUCAACGGAGGAGAAAUCUUCAGAGCUGAAGUCGGGUUUUAUAACUUCCUUUCUGGAUUUCUUGAAGACGGGGAAGAAGCAGCCAGGCACUGAAGCUGCACCUGUGGACGGAUGCACUUCCACAGAUUCCUCUUCAGUAAAAGGAGGCAUUCGCCCAUUAUCCCCGCAACCUCCUCCUCCUCCACCUCCCCCCUUCGGAGAGAACGAGGGCGAUGGAAGCCUGGGUCUCAGUAACUGUCCGUCCCCCUGCAAAAGACUUGACGAGGAACUCAAGAGGAACCUCGAGACCCUGCCGUCGUUCUCCUCAGACGAGGAAGACUCUGUCAGUAAGAACCAGGACCUGCAGAAGAGCAUCUCAUCAGCCAUUUCUGCCCUCUACGACACGCCCCACAGUCUCGCUGCAGUUCCACCUCCUCCUACGCCAUCGCCGCCCACUCCGCAGACGGUGUCUCUCAACACACCCCCUCCGCCCCCACAACCUGAGCCUAUCCCGCAUGUACACAGCGAGCCUGAGACUGAGAUAAACACGUCACAGGAACUGGAUUCGCUCUCACGGCCCGACCUGCAGGAGGAGGUAUGUGAUCCAGGCAAGGAUGAGGAACGGGAAGAACCUGUGCAGGAGGUACAUGAAGAAAUGCAGCAGAAUGAAGACAGACAGCCUGAAUGUGAGGAGGAAGAAGAGGAGUUGGAAGAAGACAGAAGUGAGAAGGAGGAAGCUGAUCGGAUAAGGACAGAGGAGAGCAAGCCGGAAGACGAAGAAGAAGAAGAAGAAGAAGAUCCUGAGUAUGAAAUGCUGGGUGCUCCCAAGGUUGAUGGAUCUCCCUCUGAGGCUCCCCCUGCGCCCCCUUCUCCUCCAUCUCUUUCUCCUUCACCCCCAACCUCCUCCUCCCCAUCCCCUCUGCCUCCUCCUCCUCUGUCUCUCCCCUCCCCUCUCCCAUCUCAAGAAGAGGAGGAGAGUCUACAGCAGCAGCAGCAGCAACAGCAACAGCCACCACUGCAUAAUUCCCUCCCUCCCAGCCCUUCUCCACCUGCUCUCCCCUCUCCCUCCCCACCUCCGCCCACAUUGCCUCCCUCUGCUACCCCCCCACCGUCCCCCUCUCCACCUCCUCCCGAAGAGCUGCCCCAGUCCUCCCCGGCUUCACCCCCCACCCCCGAAGAUGCCCCGACGCCUCAGAUCACUUCGCUGCACCUGGCUAAGAAACAGUCCAACGCGGCCAUCGCGGGAGAGAGUGAGGAUGAUGACAGUGAGAGUGGGGGGGAGGGGAUCUUCAGAGAGAGGGAUGAAUUUGUGGUGCGCACUGAAGAUAUUGGUACUCUGAAGCUGGCGCUGCAGACCGGACGAGAGCCUCCUCCAAUCUGGAGAGUCCAGAAAGCUCUGCUGCAAAAGUUUGCUCCUGAAAUCAAAGAUGGACAGCGACAGUUUUGCGCCACCAGUAAUUAUUUGGGCUACUUUGGAGAUGCAAAGAUGCGUUAUCAGCGUUUAUAUGUCAAAUUCUUGGAGAAUGUGAAUAAAAAGGAUUAUGUCCGAGUCUGCUCGCGGAAACCCUGGCAUCGGCCCAGUCUCACACUGAGACGCCAGUCGCUUCCUAAGCCACAACCCGUACGCAGCCUGACUCCACCUCGCAUGGAACGAGAGGACAGAGAGAAAGAGCGAGAGAGACAACGAGAAAAAGAGCAACGGGAACAAAGGGAAAAAGAAAAGGAGAAAGAGAGAGAAAGAGAAAAGGAAAGGGAGCGAGAACGAGAGAGAGAACAGAUUGAGAAAUCCAGGAGAGAAAAGGAGAAAGAGAAGGAAAGGGAGAGAGAACUUGAAAAGCAAAAAGAGAGGGAGAAACAAAAAGAAAGGGAAAAGGAGAAACAAAAAGAAAGGGAAAGAGAGAAGGAAAGGGAAAAACAACGGGAGAGAGAAAGGGAAAAGGAAAAACAAAAGGAGAAAGAGAGAGAACGGGAAAGAGAGAGACAAAGAGAAAGGGAGAAGGAGAAGGAGAAGGAAAGGGAAAAACAACGCGAGAAGAAGGAGAAAGAGCGAGAGAAGGAAAAGAAGCUCCAAGAGCGACAAGCUCAAGAGAAGCUGGAGAGGAGAACGGCGGUUGUGGAGCGCGGGAGGGUCAAAGAGGAGAAGAGAGUUGCAGAGAAGAGGGUUGACAGGACGAGGAGCAGACCUGUGAAGGUAAAGGCUGAACCUCCACCUAAAAAGAGAAAGAAGUGGCUUAAAGAAAUGCCCUCUUCCUCAGAUUCGGACUCCUCUCCUGACCCACCCAGUGAAGAUGAAGUAUCCACACGCAGUGGGAUGAACAGUCGGGCCAUGAGAGAGAUGUUCCGCAGUUAUGUAGAGAUGCUGGUCAGCACUGCUCUGGACCCGGACAUGAUCCAAGCUCUUGAGGACACCAAUGAUGAGCUUUAUCUCCCACCCAUGAGAAAGAUUGACAGUAUCCUCAAUGAACAGAAACGAAGGCUGUUGAGAAGGGUCAACAUGAGUGUCCAGCAUCAGGAGGCACUGCACAUGUUCCCUCAAAUGACAGCAGACCCCCUAGACUCUGGAGCGGUUAAAGUGCACCUGGGUGGAGAGAGUUACAACCGCAAAACCCUCAACAGAGUCAAAAGGAGCCUUCCCAAACAACAGGACCUGAAGCUGUCGACAGAGACUUGUCGAAUAUACAGUCUCUAUCACUCUCUCCAUCACUACAAAUAUCACACAUUUCUGCACUGUAAAAAGGAGACGGACAGCAUAGAACAGGCAGCUGAGGAGGAUCCAGGUCAGGAGGAGGUGGUUCAGCAGUGCAUGGCCAACCAGGGCUGGCUAGAGACUCUGUUCAAUUCCUUCAUUGAACUGCUGACGCUCAGCACCAAGGCUUAAGAUUCAGCUGUCGACGUUCCAAGCACGUCCUAUUUGGAGAAAGGAGAAACUCCUCUCUCUCUCGCAAACAAAACCGGUGCACCUCCGGGUUGCAGGAAAAUGAGAUUUUCCUUUGCAGAAUGUGCGAGAGCCACUGGCGGUUUAAGCUGUUGCAUUUUAACAUAAAAAUGUUUUUGUAAAGCUUUCAUUCCUCUCUCUUUCAUUAUGUGUCAGCUCCCUGCGACGGGAGCCACAGGGAGAUGGUAUGAAAAUGUGAAACAAAAAAAAAAGAGCAA